CAGUGCGACGGCACUUAAACGAACCACUGAAUUGUCAGGAUCAUUAAAAGAGAGAGUUUCCUGAUUCCAGUUGAAAUUUCACAAGCGUACAAGAGGAUACAAAAUAAUUGUAGACGACAACUGGAAACGACGAAGCGACAAAAAUGGCUUCUUAUCCUAUAGAAACCAUUUUAACUUCAAUCUUCAUGAUCACUGUCUCUGUUGUGGCUGUUCUGGGUAAUUUCUUGGUCAUCCUCGCAAUCUUGUGGAACAGAAAGCUUCGUACAGUUUGUAACUUUCUCUUUCUUAACCUGGCCGUUGCUGAUAUGCUUCAAGGGGCAAUCGCUAUGCCGCUGCGCCUCGCCGAUCAACUGAAUCAAACAGACAACAGUCCACUGGUUCCUUGCCUUGUGGUUAUACCGCUGACAGUGUUUCUGUUUGGCGCGUCCAACUUUAACUUGACGCUGAUAAGUCUUGACAGAUACAUUGCGUUGCGAAGACCUUUCAUCUAUCCAAUUUUGGCUGAACCGCGCAGAGCAGCUUUGAUUGUUGGCAUGUCUUGGGUGUUGAUGUCUAUCAUCGCAUUUCUGCCCUUAAUGGGAUGGGGGGCCGCAGAGAGCGCUGAUGUGGCGGACAUUUGCUUGUAUUCCACUACACUGAGCCGAGAGUACCUCUUCAUGUUAUUUUCCAUCGUCAAUUUAGCCGUCAUCUUAAUCCUUGGGUUCACCAACUACUUCAUCCUCAAAACUGCGCGGAAUCAGAUUCGUCGUAUAAAAGUCAUCGAGGGUCCCGCCACGGGAUCGACUGUGAACUUGCCAUCUUCUGUUCCCAUGGAAACUGAAUCAGCUAUGAUCGUCAGUAACUUGCCAUCCACUACCGACGGCGAUACAGUUAACCGUGACCCGAAACGAAUGCCGGCGAAAACUCGCAGGAGUAAAGAACGAAGGGCAACCAAGAUAGUUCUCAUCGUUGUCGGUAUUUUUGUGUUCUUGACAACGCCAAUCACGGUGAUUGACAUUAUCAGUUUGUUGGGUUGUCCUACUUGCACUCCUCUGACUUUAGUCAAAAUAACUGUAUUUAUGGCGUACGCCAAUGCUUGUGUUAAUGUGUUUAUAUACGCGGGCUUCAACACGGAAAUGAGAAAUACCUGGGUUAGUAUUUUCCAAAGUACCAAACAAGCAAUAUGGACUCGUUUCAGUGGCGAAGAAGCGUCGUGAAAGAAGAUGGACAUAGUUAUUUUUCCAAAGGUUAUAAACUGGGAUAGAUUUUUUCGUAAGAUGCAAUUUGAAAAAGUAAGCCAGAAUGGAAGCUCAAAUCGCACACGGAAACUUUAUUUACAACUUACUCCUCUCAGAGCAUUCCAAAUAUUAUUUCUUCAUUUUAAUGUAAAUAUUUUCUCAUAAUCACCAGAUCAAAAGUGCAAAUAAUUGGCUGACAGCUGUUCAUAAGUUUCUGAAACGUAAAUGAAUCAAUGAAUCAAUCACUUUAUUAAAGUCACUGCGUGGGAUUGAGGUUGCCCUCAGUAUCCGAGCCAGAGGCUCAUGUAUAAAACGCAUGACUAAAGUCACCAAAUAAGUUAUGUAAAUAGGUUGAAAUCAUCAAAUAUAACCCUUAACCCAUGCCAUAACAUCAUAAAGGUGAUACCCUAAAGUUACAUAAGAGAAAAAGAAGAAAAGGCUGUAAUAUUUCUUUAGUCCGACGCAUCUGAACUCUUUGAUCCUGAGCACGUGGCAGUGUAUAACUUAUCAUUGUAUGGCUUGCCUUGAAGCCGAUAUACCGCGCGCUCUGAUUGACUGAUUGUAAGCCAUUGUUCUCCCGUGAUGCCCACGAGCCGAUUACGGGAUUACAGAAACAAAGGAAAAGCCAUAUAAUAAACAACUUAUUGAACUCAGACCGAGACUCAGACCGAGACUCGAGAUUUUCCCGUAAAGACCUCACUCUCGGUUAAUAAGUAGUUAGUAUUUUUUUUUUUCAAAAACUGGCAUACUUGGAGUUGUUCUCGUCAUUUGCAAUCGUAAGAGUGAGCAACGCCAAGGCAACACGUCAGUCGCACAGUAACACAAUAGACUAAUGAUCACUAAUCAGAAUCCGUCGCGUUAACUUGACCAGGCGGUAAGCGCGGGAAGUGAAGUUGCGUUCAUCAAAUCACGAAUCGUUGGAUCUUGCAUCUGAUCGGUUGCAUGAAAGAUGAGACAUCUUCGUGCUGAUUGGUUGUUAAUCGUUGCAUAUGUAUCCUUAUCGCCUUUGUCAAAAUGAGCUUGGAAAAACUAAUGCCCGAAAAUUGUAUCACACUGCAUAAUGCUCGCUGCUGCAACUAAUGGUUAAAACGGUAUAAUAUUCUAGAAAUUACGCCCGCAUUACUAAAUUUAUCAGUGCCGAUCAAAGGCGAAGAGUUUUCCACAACUUUUGAAUUGGAUUUUAAAUUACCGUACUCGUUUACUCAUGUUAUUGAUCUCAUUUGUUCGUGUCGAAUACCAGCCAAAGUGAAAUGUCAAAUUUGUUUGUUAAGUCAUCAACAGGUAUUGACAUGUAAGAGGAUGAAACUUUCAUUAAAAUUAACACAAUUCAAAGUUAUAACACGAAUAGUCUAAAUUCCUCAUGGCAAGAGCUUUAUUUGGCAAUUUCGCUUUUUUGUCACAACAUUUAA